AUGGCUGUGUGUUUAGUAGCAAUGUUCACUGAAGACCUUAUUGCUCACUUGUUAUCAAAAGGCAUCUCAAGAGAAAUUUGCGAUCAACUGAAAGAAAAUGCUAUUGAUGGGGGUACAUUGAACUUUUUGAUGCAAGACAUCGACGAAUUCAAAGCGGUCUUACCUAAAUCUGGCCAUCGAAUUCAACUAAAACAAAAAUUGGCCUUUACUUUAUCUGCGACAACAGAAAACGAAAAAAUGCCUCAGCAAAUUGUGAUGCCACAUGAUGAUGAACCACACACAUCAGAGCUAGAACCACCAAUGCCAACUGAACCACCUUUGCCAGUGGAACCACCUUUGCCAGUGAAACCACCUUUGCCAACCAUGGCAUGUGAAAGCAGUGUUGAAAGUGUGAAAGCAGGUGUUCAAAUGAAGAAACCACUCAAGAGUCCCAAACCUAUUACUAAUAGUUCAGAUGCCACAGCCCUACCAAACACUCUCCCAUUUCCUGAGAGUUUCUCUGUGCGAGUGCAGAUGGCAAUAAAAAAUGGCUCUGUUGCCCCUGAGCGAACACAGCUGAUUGCAGAUGUAGGGACCUUUUAUUAUGGUUUGUCCAGCCACCCAAAGCAAGAGAUUUCCAAUCAAGCAAGCUAUUGGGUAUCAAUCCAGAAACAAUUGUCGCAAUUCUUCAGAAACCUUCGGCGGCGGACAGUUAACAAAGCGAUGCAUGGACAACCCCAUGGUUAUGCAAAUGAAAGUGCCUCAAAGAAAAUAAAACUGACUGCAGAGGAUGAUGAGCAAGCUCAAAAAAGAAAUAUGGAGCUUUUGAAAAAAGCAAAACCUGGUGCAAUGGCUCCUAAAACAUUUGCAAAACUCUUUGUCGACACAUUUAAUGAGCGGAGGAAACUUAUCGAAAAUCAAGCUACAUCUUCUACAGAGGUCUUGGAGGAAUGUCCAUAUCUUGGUCAUCCAAAUGUUGUAAGAAAAGAAGUUAGCAGAAUCAUUGGGCAGAAAAAUUGGGAAAAAGAGGCUGAAAAGAAGUUGGAGACUGCAUUGAAAGCUGUCAUACAAAUUAAGGAUAAGGAAUGUGAAAUGAGAAGUGAACAGGUUGUGGAGGCUGUGGAGCAAAUUGAGAGAAAGACAAAAAGGAACAAAGGAACAACAACAAGUGUUCUAAAAUUCAAAGAUCCUGCAUCCACCAUGAGACCAGAAACCUUGUUCAAAGACAAGAAUGUCGAGUUUCGCUUGGUUGUGAUUGGGUCUCCUGAGGAGGUCAACCAAGUUUUUGUGGCAGGUGAAGACCAGUCAUUUAUUGAGAGUGAAGGUAUACUCCAAGGUUUGAUCGACCUGCUUUGUUGUUACUAUGCAUAUCACGUCUCCUACCCUGAAAGUAUGGAAGGAUGCUUGCUUUUCCUACAAGACAUUCUUUUGCCAACAAAUGAUGGCAACUACAGAGGAACAAAAUUUUCCUCAUUUAUGGCAAAGGUGCACCAAGGAAUUAAGGACAAUUCUGAUUAA